AUGGAUUGCUGUAAAGGUCCCGGCUAUGCGACGCCAUUAGAUGCAUUUUACAAUGGCCCUAGAGAGACGCUGUUGUACGUGAUCUGCGUGCAGCCCGAUAAAACUAAACAGGACUACGUUGCUACAAUCGACGUUGAUCCUUUAUCGUCUACUUAUUCUCAGGUAAUCCAUCGUACCUUCACUGGAUCCGUAGAAGACGAGCUCCACCACAGUGGCUGGAAUGUUUGUUCCAGUUGCUACGACAAACCAGAACUUAAGAGAGAUCUCCUUGUAUGCCCCAGUCUGCAUACAAGCAACAUUUACAUUGUAGAUGUCGGUACAAACCCAAGGAAACCUAAGAUACAUAAGGUGAUAGAAGGCUCAGAAAUGAGGUCAUUCAACUGCAGUUUCCCACACUCGGUACACUGCCUGGCGAGUGGAGAAGUCAUGAUAUCCAGCAUGGGCGAUAAGGAUGAAAAUGGCAAAGGCGAUUUUGUGCUCAUUGAUUCCAAGACAUUGAAAGUAACAGGAACUUGGGUUAAAGGGGAGAAGAAAGCCAAGUUCGGUUACGACUUCUGGUACCAGCCGUACCACGAUGUGAUGGUCGCAACUGAAUGGGGAACACCGAAGGAUUUUAAGACAGGUUUCCACCCCGCCGACAUAACGAAUCCAGAGAAAUACGGAACCAGUCUGAAUUUCUACAGCUGGUCGACGCAUGAGUUAAUACAAGUUAUAGAUUUAGGGCUGGAAGGGUGUGCACCCCUAGAGACCAGGUUCCUACAUAAUCCCAAAGCCGCUGAAGGAUUUGUGGGGUGCGCUGUACAGGGAAAUGUAUACCGAUUUUACAAGAAUAAUGACAACGUAUGGAAAGCCGAUAAAGUCAUCGAUGUCCCAGCUAAAACAGUUUUACGCGACGGCGUCGAAACUAAAAUUAAUGCUCUGAUAGGUGACAUAUUGUUGUCUUUGGACGAUAAGUACCUCUACUUAUCUUGCUGGCUCCACGGAGACGUGAGGCAGUAUGAUGUAUCGGACACAAAGAACCCGAAGCUCACUGGGCAGAUAUUCUUGGGCGGGCAGAUUGCGAACAACAAUCUCGAAGUAAUCGAUGACAAAGAGUUGAAGGAAGCACCAAAGCCAGUAAUCAUUAAGGGUAAACGUCUCUACGGCAGUCCACAGAUGUUGCAACUAUCUCUAGAUGGAAAAAGGAUGUAUGCAUCAUCGUCUCUUUAUUCACCGUGGGAUAAGCAAUUCUAUCCACAGAUGAUCAAAGAGGGUGGAUGGAUUGUGAAGAUAGAUAUAGACACUGAAAAUGGUGGAAUGAAGUUGGACGAAGACUUCCUAGUGCACUUUGGGAACGAACCUAACGGACCUGUACUGCCACAUGAAAUAAGAUACCCUGGUGGAGACUGCACAUCCGACAUUUGGCUUGCCAAGGAUUAA